ACCACAUAAAACAAAUACCCCCUGCCACGUCCUGACCAAACUAUAAUAACAAAUAACCUCUUUACUGGUCAGGACGUGACAGGUAUGCUUUGUUUAUUGGUUGUGUGGUGCAUUGUCACAGAAUCCUGUUGGUGGAAAAUUGUUGCAUUGACUUUAUAUAAUUAUAAAUAUGGCAUCAAAAGGAAGUAAAUCUGAUUUCCCCCUAGCUGAUCAUUGUCUGCAGCCAGCUCUGGCUGGGAAGUAAUGAAACAGUGAGCCAGUGAUGCCAACUUAGCAACUUUUCAGAGUAACCUGGUAACUUUUUUUCAAACAGCACCUAGCAACAAAUUUAGCUACUUUUAAAAAUGUAUUUGGAACUUUUAGCAACUUUUGAAAAGUGACUGAAACGCUAAAAUGCAUUUUCCCUCUAAAUGACACAAAACCGAUUUUCUCUGUCACACACAGUCACAACACACGUGCCUGACUGCAAAAGUGCAUUGUGAGUGAAGUCAGCAGCAGGCGCUCAGCUCGUGCACAGGCAGCAGCAGGCCAGCAGCAAUUUCCGCAAAUUGUAAGUCAUUGUUGGCUGACUACAGCAGCAGUAGUAUGCAUUCGACAAGACAAACCCAAUGACUAUAGUUAAUCACAAAUGGUUGAUCUUGAACAGAACUUACAUCAAUCAACAUGUCUCAAUCAAAAUUGUACAGCCAGAAGUACAGGAAAGUUGGAGUCUGUACCUGAAUUUAAAGGGUGGCUGAAGCCAGUAAUUGGGGAAGAUUGUCAGGCAUACUGUGCGUACUGCAAAUCAGAUAUGCUUGCAAAAAUGUAUGACAUCAAAAAACAUUGUGCUACAGCAAAGAAUAAAAAUAAAUCAAAACCGUACAACCCCACAACGCAGUCUACAUUACCACAGUUGGUUAAGAAAGUGGAUAACUGCAAAAGCGCAGAAGCUACUAUGGCAAUGGCCAUUGCGGAGCAUUGUUCCCUGCUAGCAUGUGACCAUUUAGGUAUGGCUUGCAAACCUGCCUUUUCAGAUUCUGUGGCAGCAACAAACUUCCAAAUUCACCGCACCAAGUGCACAGAAAUAAUUAUGGAGUACUGGCUCCUUAUUUUAUCAAAAGGUUAACAUCAGAUGUGGGGGAUGAGAAGUUCAGUCUCCUUUUGGAUGAGUCCACUGAUGUCAGUGUCUCGAAAUACCUGGGUGUGGUGAUUCGGUAUUUCAGUGCUAAAAAAAGAACCGUUGUGUCCACAUUUCUUGGGCUGGUUGAAUUGGAGGGGGGCGAUGCCAGAUCAAUAGCAAAGGCGGUAGUUGAGUUUCUUGAGAAGUGUAACCUUAAGGGUAUUGGUACUGAUAAUGCGUCCGUGAUGACUGGGGUGCACAAGAUUUUAAGGGAAGAAUGUGCAUUGCCCAAUUUGGUACUCAUCCGCUGUGUGUGCCAUUCUUUACAAUUGGCUGACAGUGCAGCAUCCAAAGAAACCAUCCCUAGGAGUGUUGAGUACUUAAUCAGGGAAACCUACAACUGGUUUUCGAUUUCCCCAAAAUGGCGCGAGGCGUACAAAGCAGUGUAUGCCACCAUUAAUUGUGGCCAGAAACCCCUGCAGAUCACCGAAGUGUGUGCCACACGUUGGCUAUCGAUUGAGCCUGCGGUAACUCGUAUAUUGAGCCAGUGGGAAGAACUGAAACUCCACUUUGAGGUGACCAAGGCCAGUGAGCAUUGCUACAUGGCGGAUGUGCUCCACGCCAUGUACGUGGACAAGACCAACUAUGUCUACCUGACAUUCUUGAAAUCAAUGCUGUCCGAUGUACAAGUUGCAGUGAAGUCAUUUGAGGGAGAGCAAAUAGAUCCUGUCAAGCUUUUGGACAAUCUGGUACUCUUAAAAUCAAUUUGCAGCAGAGUAGUCAACUCUAUGGCAAAAAUUGAUUUCCUGAAGGAUGCCAUUGAUGGACAUCUCAGUCCAUCACCAUACCUUGGGUACCUUUUCGAGAGCACGGUGUACCGACUCAGUCUUGCGCUAGAGGACAAAAAGGUAUUCGGAGACGGUGCAUCAACUACAUUGUUGCUUUAAGCAAGGAGCUGCAAGCAAGACUCCCAGACAACCUUGAAGCCUUGCGAAACAUGGCCUUGUUCAGUGUUAAGGAGACGCUAAAGCAUAAUAAAGGCACCACUGAAAUUAUUAAAGUAGCUGAGCUACUGGAAUACCAGCCCCAAACAAUUGAUAAAAUUGUUUCCCAAUGGAGAAACAUCCAUCUGUUUAGGUGGGACUCAACUGAAAAUACAUUCGAGUUUUGGAGGGAAGUCAAUAACUACACGGACUCUUCCGGGUAAAAUCCAUUUGAAGAACUGUGCAAAGCUGCACUCGCUGCCCUCUCCUUGCCACACUCAAAUGCGGAGGUUGAACGGCUGUUCAGCCAAAUGAAUGUGGUCAAGUCAAAGUUAAGAAAUAGAAUGUCUCAACUCCAUACUCCUGGUGCGGUGGUGGCAGUGUGUACUGCAGUGUGUGCGAGAACAGUGGCAAUAUGUGGAGGAAAUCAUUGAGCAGCUAGCCAGCCAAGCAGCACAACAACCUGGAGAGAGCUGGAGAGAUGCUAGCGCACACAUCAUUAUUUGAGUUAAGUUGCUUGUUCAAUAAGAUAGCAUAUAUACCAUGUUAUUAGCUUGUACCUAUAAUUGUUGAUCAGUUAGGUAGCAUGUUAACUACCAAUACACUGCUUAAAACUAUAAUUGUUCAGAAUGUGUAGGUUUACUAGUUGAAAAGAAAAUAAAUAAAAUGUAAUUGUUCAAUAAUGUGAAAUUGUUUAAUAAUUCAAUGUGUUGUGUUUAAAAACAAAAUUCUGAUCAUAUAAAAUGUGUUGUGUUUAUAUUACUUUUACAAAUAAAAAUAUGAUAAUAAACAAACAAACCUAAACUAACAAGUCAAAUCAUAUUUUUCGCCGAGAUGGCCAGUCAAUUUGAGUAACGUUACGUAAUGAUGCAGUUUUACGUUAUUACGUAAUGACAUCUUCACCCAAUGACAUCACAACGUCAUUUAGCAACUUUUAGCAACAAAUCGACCUGCCUCUAGUAACUUCCCCUGAACAUUAGUUGGCAACACUGGAGUGAGCUCCUCUGUGGUGGUCGGAAAACCCUCAACCUUCUUGAUCCUAGCUCUGUAUGGCAUUGACAGUGCCACAAAAGCAUGUUGACGUGGCAAAUUCGAUAUCCACGUUUAUAAACACAGGGUCACUACAGUUGUUAUUUUGGGUCGUAAACAUUAUUAUGAGUUAAUUAUGAGGGGGGAGGGUGUUCCAUUUAAUUUACAGUACAAAAGGAGGGUCAUGUGAAUUAUCUUUAUUGUUGGGAAGAGGGGUGCAUCUUUUUUUUUUAUGACACCUUGAGUUGGACCAGCCCAUCCCGCCUAAAUUUUGAUCUGUCCCUAACCUUAAAUCAAGACCAAGAAGCAAAUGUUUGUUUUUAUGAAUUUUUACGAUAUAGCCACAUUGACUUUGUGGCCACUGUAACCACUAAAAAUCCACGCCUCGACCCGGAAGAACAUGUGACGUAUGCCGUUCGAGUUGUUUCAGUUGACCCAGUUAACCUCUUUCAUGGAGAUACUGGCUAAGGAGGCUGUGGACAAAAUCCACAAUCUAUUCAACGAGUGCUCCGCUGUUCUGCUUCUGGAAGUGUCUCAGAGUCAAACUGAGAAUGAGGACUUGAAGAAGAGGCUAGACGCAGUUGAGACCGAACUGAGGACUGUCUUAGAAGGGAGCGGAGGACAAGAGAACACAUCUGCCAAUGGCUGCUGCGGUGAAGUCAAGGUCAUCCACCAGUUAAAAGACACUCAACCAGGCUUUUGCACUGGUGAUGCAGAAGUGAAACCACCCCCCAUCUUCCACCUGUGGAAAGGGAGACUUCCCUCAACUGUAAAUGAGCACUCCAACAUGGAGGACACGAUCAACUCAGUUAUUAUCAAAGAAGAAGGGUUGGAAGAGUACCUGUACAGCAGCACAUCAGACCCAAGUCAUUUUUUAGAGAGCCAGGCCCAGGGGGUGAGUGACCCAGAGAACCCUGCAGCGGACCCAAAGGACGAAGGCGGCGACACAGGGCCAAAGCGUUUGAGAAAGCCAAAGAUCACAGGGGCUCGUUGGGCAAAGCCCAAAAAGGGGAACAAUCUUAGCUGCAAGCACUGCAGGAAGACAUUCAGCAAACUGAUCCAGCUGAAAGUUCACCUGGCAAUCCAUGCAGCAGCGGAGAAACCUUUUAUCUGCCAGCAGUGCGGCAGAGGUUUUUCCUUUAAACGCAGUUUGGAUGCACACCAGCUGCUUCACACAGGAGAGAGACCGCACACUUGUGGCGACUGUGGUAAAGCUUUCACCCUAAAGCAGCUGCUCAAGAAUCACCAGAGACUCCAUGCAGGGUUGAGACUGUUCCGCUGCGACGACUGUGGCAAGAGCUUUAACCGGGCUCACGGUCUCAAGAUGCACCAGAUCGUCCACACGGGAGAGAGGAAAUAUAGCUGUGAGAUCUGCAAGAAGAGUUUCAGCAUACCAGGAAAUCUCCACAGGCACCAGCGUAUACACACUGGUGAGAAACCGUUCCGUUGCGAUACGUGCGGGAAAAGCUUCAACCAGGCAGACACUCUGAAAGGACACCAGCGGAUCCACACAGGAGAGCGGCCAUUUACCUGUGAGACAUGCGGGAAAUGUUUCAUUCAAAGAAGUGCUCUGAAAAUGCACCAAAGAACCCACGCAGGAGAGAGCGCCUUCCUCUGUGUGGUGUGCGGGACAGUCCUGGCUUGCGCCAAGUCUCUCAAGACACACCUUCCGACCCACACAGCAGAGAUGCCUUGUAUGUGCUCAUUGUGCGGUAGUAGUCUCAGUUCUCUCGCUCACCUCACAUCGCACCAGCAACUCCACACUAUGGAGAAGCCGCACAGCUGUGGCCUAUGCGACAAGAGCUUCAAGUCGCUCAGCUAUCUGAACAUACACAUGAAAACUCACACUGGGGAGAGACCGUUCACCUGUGACGUGUGUGGAAGGAUGUUCACUCAACACAGCAGCCUGAAAACCCACCAGGCAGUCCAUACUGGGGAGAAACCUUUCAGCUGUGAAACGUGUGGGAAAUGUUUCAGCAACGCUGGGAACCUCAACAGGCACCAGCGGAUACACACUGGAGAGAAGCCUUUUACCUGUGACCUCUGUGGGAGGAGCUUCAACCAGGGCAACAGCCUCAAAGCCCACAAACAAAUCCACACAGGAGAGAAACUUUACAUGUGCGACAAAUGCGGGAAGAGUUUUUCCUACCUGAGGAAUCUGAAAGAUCACAAGUGUUACUCUAUCUAAAACCAAUAGGCAUAGCUUCUUAUUGCGAUGGACCACACUUGGUUUGAACAAUUGUCUCGGCAUUAAAAAUGCAUUUAUAGGUCAGUGAGUGGCAUACUAACAUAUGAAGUGUACUGAUAACGUUGGUUGUCAAAACAGCCUUAUUCAAAGUAUUUCAUUUUCAAGGUGACUUGUUUUAGAAAUCAACUUUGAUUUUGAAAAAUGAAUAACCAGUUGCCUGUGUUGGGUAGAAGGACUUGGAUUGGCUGGUGGUCCAGUAACUGUUUAGUGGAGCAGAGCCUCAUUUAUUUGAGAAGGAUAUACAUCUGUAACCUUUCUUGUCUUGUGUACCUUUUAUUACUGUUGUUGUCUCCUAUUUGUAAGCUAAUGGUAAAUAAAACUCUUGAAAUGA